CUGACAUUUACAUGACGGUUGACAUAUGUUCCUAGUUUUUAGUUUAAAUCAGAUGUUUUUGUAUACAGAAUUUUAUUUUUAAUAUUUUAAUAUUGAACUGUACUUAAAAUGGACCUAAUGAAAAUAUUCGAAGCAUUUUCGAGAGGGUUCUACGAUAGUUGUAGAGGAACAAUAGCAAUUUUAUAUUUAGACAAAGAAAUUAACGAACAGAAGCUCACUUGGCAGUCUCCCAGCAGAGUCUCGGUUAGGCAAAAGGAAACAAGUCUAAAUGAAGUCAAAAAACCUAAAGAAAAGGAGUCAAAGGUCUUGAAAAGAGUCUGUCAAUGUGGAAUGUUGAAUGGAGGAAUAUUUCUAUUCAGCAUAUUGUUGUUUGAAUAUGGAUUGCUUCCAGCAAUAAAUAAUCUGUUUAGUAUCAUUUUUGGCAAUGACUCUUUUAUGGGAAAUCUAGUGUGGUCAUGGAUCCAGCCUAUGCUGUCACUAAUCUUUAAGACUGUUUGGGUCAUUCCAUUAUUUUUACUAAGCAAAGUAGUUAAUGCUUUGUGGUUUCAGGAUAUUGCGGAUUCUGCCUACAAAAGAAGCAGAGGACGGCCAGUGUACCCGCAAAGUCUCAGCAAACUCUUGGCCGACUCUGUUUUCAGCAUAGUGAUUCAACUAUUGUUCCUCCUUCAAGCCACCUUGGCCAGUUAUAUUCCGAUCCAUUUGGUUGGGAUGGUGCUCUCUAUGGUCCAGAUGUGUAUGCUCUACUCCCUGUAUACCUUCGAGUACAAAUGGUUCAACAUGGGAUGGGAACUGCAUAGGAGGCUUACAUUCAUCGAAACAAACUGGCCAUACUUUUUAGGGUUCGGCUUGCCUUUGGCGGUGCUCACACAAAUGCCUAGCUCAUGGAUUAUGAGUGGUUGUAUAUUUUCCAUGUUGUUCCCGUUGUUCAUAGUCAGUGGGAAUGACGCAAAACCAGUGACAGAUUCUUGUGAUUAUACAGUGCACUUCUUUUCGCCAGUGAUAAGCAUAUCAAAUUUACUCUUUAGCAAAACGAUUGGUAACCCGCACAGGACUUUGAGUGAAAAGAGGUAAAACAGGACAUAUAAAAAUUCUAAUAUAAUUAUGUACAUAUUGAUAUGUAUAAAUAAUUAAUAAUAUUUGGUGAUAGCCAUACCAAUUUUUUAUAAUUCAUAAACUGAUAAAUUAAAGGAACAUUAUGUGAUGUUUUUGUGUAUACAAUUUGCCAUUAUUUUGUUUUGUUUGUAAAUACAUUUUAUGAAAAUUG